AUGCUGAAAGUAUGUUGGGAUUGCAUCGCUGGAUCGCGCGUAGAAAAUGAGGAUGUGCACACUACUCAACUGAAUGGUAAUACUCAAAGAGCUCCACCUUGGCCAAUAUCACAGUUAAGUAACGAAAAAAUGUUUAUCUUGCCAAAGAGAUUGAAUGCAGGUGAUCAAAUUAAUGUUGCUGGCAACAUGAUGAAUGACCCAAAAACAUUGACAGUAAGUUUAAUGACUGGGAAUAUGACACCAGACUACCAAAACAUUGCAUGCCAACUGGAAGCCACAUUUCCAUCUAAUCCUUAUAAUCCUAAUCAAUUGACAUUAAAAAUUAUUGAAAAUGGAUAUAAUGAAGAAGUAACGGGAGACUAUCAAAGUUUUCUUGCAACUGAAUUAUUUACAGAUCUGAGCUUCAACUUUGGCUUCACUAUAAGAGUUAAUGGAAACUAUCAAAGUGGCCACAUACUAGACAUUUUUGUUGGGGAAUCAUUUUUGGAACAGGUGACAUUAAAACAUAAUAUUGAUGACAUAAGAUUUCUAACAUUGAGUGGUGAUAUUGCUAAAGUUCAUAAACUGGAUUUUCAGUUUGCUUGA